GCCUACCUGUCCUGAGGCGCUGUCCAUUCAGCACCACGCCACGGAGCUCCACUAUGCCUACCUGUCCUGAGGCGCUGUCCUGAGGCGGUGCUGAAUCACGGAAGCAGCCUUAGGAAUGGUGUGGAAGAAAAAGACAGGAUAUCCCCAAAACACCUGGAUUGACUUUUUGAGAAAGUAUUUUGGUGGAAUGUUUGCUAAAGGCAGUGCUGGAGUCCAACCAGAACAAGGGAAAGGCAAUGCAGAUAAAGCUGGGAAGGGGAAUGAAGAUCUUUUUCAUGAAGUGGGAGGUGAGCUCGUGUUGACGCCGGACAAGUCCACAGUGACUGACCCCAUCACAAGCAUCCUAUGGAAGCAUGGGGAGUGCUGGGUGGCAUAUUGGGAUUUGAGUGGUCUGGACAUCUAUGGUGCCUUCAAAGAGCGUACAACCCUGGACCAGAAUACUGGAGAGCUGAGAAUCAGUGGAUUGAAGAAAACAGACAGUGGAGUUUAUUCUGUGGAGUUCAACAGCAAACUGCUUGUCAAGACAUAUAAACUAUCUGUUAUCAAUAAACCUAGCGGAUCCAACCGUCCUAAAGAUGAAUCAAAGCCUGAUGCUAAAGUCAGUGAUGGAGUCCAGCCAGAACAAGAGACGGUUCGGCUACUGCCUGUCAAAACGGGGAACGAUGACGCAGACAAAUUGCAGGGGAAUGGAGCAGCAGAAGUCAGCGGAUCCAGUUGUCCUAAAGAUGAGUCAAAGCCUGAGGGCAGUGAUGGAGUCCAGCCAGAACAAGUGGGCGAGUCUAAAACAGAUGGCAGCGCUGCACCAGUGGGCGAGGAUGAGUCUAAAACAGAUGGCAGCGCUGCACCAGUGGGAGAGGAUGAGUCUAAAACAGAUGGCAGCGCUGCACCAGUGGGCGAGGAUGAGUCUAAAACAGAUGGCAGCGCUGCACCAGUGGGAGAGGAUGAGUCUAAAACAGAUGGCAGCGCUGCACCAGUGGGAGAGGAUGAGUCUAAAACGGAUGGCAGCGCUGCACCAGUGGGAGAGGAUGAGUCUAAAACAGAUGGCAGCGCUGCACCAGUGGGCGAGGAUGAGUCUAAAACGGAUGGCAGCGCUGCACCACGCUGCACCAGUGGGCGAGGAUGA